UUCUCCGGUGGGAUCCCGCGGGUAUCUGCAUGCUGCUGACUGGCACACAGCUGGUUCGCCGGCCUCUCCGCUGGAUCCGUGCUUUGGACCGCCUGCCCUCACGCUCCCUCAUGAAUCUCAGGGAGCUCGUUUUUGCCCUGAAUGACUUUGCAUCCCUCUCUCUGGCUGAAAGCUGGGACAAUGUGGGGUUGCUGGUGGAACCAAGUCCUCCCCACACUGUGAACACCCUUUUCCUCACUAACGAUCUCACUGAGGAGGUGAUGGAAGAGGCAGUGCAGAAGAAGGCAGACCUGAUUCUUUCUUACCACCCUCCUAUAUUCACCCCACUCAAGCGAGUAACGUGGAAGACCUGGAAGGAACGGCUGGUGGUCCGAGCCCUGGAGCAUAGAAUCGGGAUUUACUCUCCGCAUACGGCAUACGAUGCCAUACCUCAUGGAGUCAAUAACUGGCUAACAAAGGGACUCGGUGCGUGUACUUCCAUCCCACUGCAUCCAUCAACUGCACCAAACUAUCCAGCUGAGGGCACUCAUCGGGUAGAAUUCUGCACAGACAACACUGAGCAUCUGGACAUGGUACUGUCCAAACUCAAAGACAUCCAAGAGAUCUCCUGUCUCACAACUCUCCCUGCCAGGGUUGAAGGUGAGGAGCAAACACGAGUCAGUUUGAACUGCUCUCAGAAAGCACUGUUGGAGGUGGUGGCAUUAUUGUCCCAGAACAGCCUUCUUUAUCACAAGACUGAGAUUCUUUUAUUACAAAAGCCUCUUCUUCCCCAUACUGGAAUGGGACGUCUGUGCACAUUGAGCGAGCCAGUCUCCUUGUCAGACAUAAUUGAGCGUAUCAAAAGCCACCUAAAAUUACCCCACAUCCGCUUAGCCAUGGGAACGGGCAAGACACUAGAAUCACCAGUGAAGAAAGUUGCUCUGUGUGCUGGUUCUGGGAGCAGCAUCCUGAAGGGAAUGGAAGCUGACCUCUAUCUCACAGGAGAGAUGUCCCACCAUGACGUUCUGGAUGCAGUUGCCAAUGGGAUAACUGUUAUUCUGUGUGAGCACAGCAACACUGAGCGAGGCUUCUUGUCAGAGCUGCGUGACAUGCUAGCUAUCCACCUACAGAACAAAAUCAACAUAAUUGUAUCUGAGAAAGAUAGAGAUCCCCUCCAGGUAGCAUAGGAAAAAACAAAUGGGGGUGAGAAAAUUUGGUUAAGUCUCAUGGUAUCUAGCACAGACCUAUCCAACUGUAAGCUCAAUGAAGAUGCUCUGAAUUGGUUCAGUACAGAACGAUUGUAUUUUAUGUUCCCUCAGUUUGGGAUAUGUUUUGUCAUCUGUCAGAUAAAUAAAUGCUUGGUUCGGGCUACAAAAGGCUGUUCUGCUUUAUUACUGGAGCAUUUUCACUACUGAUAAUGCUUGG